AUGCACACUCACGGUUAUAGGCCAGGUAUAUAUAUAAACGAAGAUGAUUUUUUUGAUCCCAAUCCAUUCUCUGAAGGGUGCACAGAAAGAUGUCGACAAGAAUUUUUUAAAACCCUUGAAUAUCUAAGGGAGAGAUUGAAGAUACAAAUCGAGAUUUUUAAACAUCUCAAAAAGAAUGAAGAUGGUUCAUUCCCUACAUUCAAUAUUUAUGAUGUAUAUUCCUACUAUGAAGGAAGGGACGACGAGCUUCAAGAUAAAAAUAUUCAAGAUUUAUUUGAUGUCGAUAUACUUAGUAUGGAUAUUUCUCAUUUAAAAAAAAGAACAGAUAUUCCAAAAAGUGUGGAAAGAAAAGAAAAAGAAACAGAAAUAGAAAUAGAAAUCUGA